AUGCUAGAGGAACUGGACCAAGGCUUUCAUUCCACUGAUGGAUCACGUUCAUUUCGAGCGUCGUUUGGCAGCUCAGAGAAAUUCAUCCCCAGCCCUCACAGAGAGUUGGAAGGCUGGCCCUGCCCCAAGGACACCUCAGCAAAUCUGCUACCCAGCUCCAGUGGCGGGCAGCCAGGCAUCUGCUCCCUUGGCCUCGGUCGUGCAGCUGUGACUGACAGGCAGCAGGGAGCUGAAGAUCUGCUCUGGCUUCUAGAAAAACAGCAGCAGCAGCAGGCUCCACUGGAAAGCAGCCCUGCCAGCACGUCUGAUGCUGACGCCCCGCUGCCCGGGGACCCACACCGGAGAGUAAAACAGCAGGUAAUUGAUGGCUUUCCAAACUAA